UUCCCCCGCUGGGUCGGCAUGGUGACGCAGCUACACAAACAAAUUUUACAGUUCGAUUCAUAUAUGUCGAUGUCCAGAUCCAACCGAAGAGCGUCAAGCGACUCGCAAGCGGUAGCAGAUGCUCCGGCCUCGGUGUUGGUGUUGCUCUUGCUGUUCGAAACGGCCCUUUCCUCUGUUUCCUUCCUCAUGGGUUUUGUCCGUUAUCCGUGCGCAUCCGUCAUCCGUCUUGUAUAUUUCAUCCCGGCGCGUUGCAAUCUUUGUAGACGUCACAGGAUAUUGUAUCGCGUCACGUGAAGACAGGGGGGUCUUUCCUCAGCAAGAAGCCUACGUCCUACGUCUCCCGUCACAACGGUGUCUGCUCUUUCGGAUACUUCGCACACCCUCAGGAAUGACUUUCGACACCUGUAUGAGCUGUACAAGCUGUAUUGAGGUGCUACUCUUCUUUGUUGUCGCUUGUCUCAACAAAGCAUCUGCCGAAGAUAUAUUUGUCGUUCGGCGGAGACCAGUCACCAACGGUGACUUUCACAGAAAUGACUGGGACCCAGAAUUUAUAUCCAAAAGGCGAAGGUACGAGAUAGGAAAGCAGGCAGUUAUCAUCUUCAUAUGGAUUGUAGGGACGGCCAUGCUCUUCUUGCUUUGCUACCGCUGCUUCAGGAGAAGACAGCUGCGCUCAAACCCUGGUGUCAUCGUCCAUGGUGCCCCGGCUCUCAGCGUUACACCUCACCAAAGGCCCCCACCUUUACCGUCACAGCCUCUAGCUGCGGGAUUUAUUCCGAGCCCUUAUUCGGCCCCUUAUCCUCCACAGACUGCUCUGUAUCAAGCUCCUUAUCCAACAGCUUACAGCCCAAGUGUGAACAUGUUCGAUCAACGUUCAGUGCCGGCACCUGCAUCACCACCACCACCUUACAGUCGGACAGUGGCAUCGCCGUUCUUUGAACCGGAGAAGAGACAGUCCUGAGGAACCCCCAUUGCUCAGGGCUUUUUAGAAUCAACGUGACCUGACUUGUAUUCAUGACAAAAAAGAGGUCGUGAAGGACUGUUUAUGUCUGCAAUCGCCACAGGGAAGUGUACAAGUCAUCACUUCGUGCACCGUGUAACGUCAGCGUUUUCGUUAACGCAUCCAGUGCUAUUAAAAAGACGUGACAGGUGGCAUAGCUGAUCCUUCUCGUCAUGCAAAGGUGCAACUUUAGAAAAGUGAUGCACUUGAGACAGAAAAAGACCUGUGUGCAUCAACUGUACCAGUGGCUGGAGAGGCACACCCUGCCAUAGAAGAGAAGUUUUACUGCUCCACAGAUUUUAUUUUCGUUUUUUCACCCUACCUAGAGUCUCUGUGUCUGUGAUCUAUUUUCAAAUGUUAAUUGAGCGUGUAAGUGCAAUAUCCUCAGGUAGUUACUGUGUUGUAUGGCAGGGUUGUUAAAGUUACUUUUCAAAAGUAAAACGUGAAGAAAAAACAAUGUACAAGUUUCCGGCGAUGCAGAAUCAAAAAUAACAAAGACUGUUAAGAGCAUCAACUGUUUACUAUAUACAUAAAAAACAAGACUUUUGUGCAGUAGGCUGCACUUCUUCAGGUUGUAGGAACCUGAAGAAGUGCAGCCUACUGCACGAAAGUCUUGUUUUUUAUGUAAAUGGUGUAUGCUAUAAAAGGUCAGUGACAUUUUCGCCCGUGACACUAUAGCUAUUUGAGAGACGGACUUGUGCUGCCAUACAGUGAAUGGCUUAUGCCAGAGAAACCUACGAAAAAAUUGUGGUUACCAUUCACUGCGUAAUAAGAUAAACACGGCCACGGAAACUUUCGUCUUCAUGUGUUUCCUAUGCGCAAUACCGAUGGAUGGAGGUGAAAGUUUGCAUGGUCAUAUUUAUUUUGUUACAUAGUGCUAGGUAACCACAAUCGUUUCGUAGGUUCCUCUAGCAUAAAUUGUUCACUUUGAGGCAGAGGAAGUCUUUUCGUGAUAGAGGUAAUGCAUCAAGAAGGUAUCACUUCUUGCACGAAAAUGUGACUGACCUUUUAUAGCAUACACCCUGUAUAUAGUAAACAGUUGAUGCUCUUAACAGUCUUUGUUAUUUUCAAAAGUAACUAAGUUACAGUUACAGAUACUCAGCUUCAAAAGUAAUUAAGUUACAGUUAGAGUUACUGACAGGAAAAAAUACUGAGAUACAGUUACAAAUACCUUGGGAAAGUCUCCGAGUACGGGUGGAGUUACUUUUUGCAAUUCUGUACGCAGACCAUAUCUUUCGCCUCUGGCUCAUAAUAGGUGUCACUCUAGAGCCACAGAGACAUCCCUUCUUGGGUAAUCGUAUGUAAUUGCAGGUAAAACAUUGAAAGGAACGCCUAAACUGGGGGUAACCGAGACAGGGACAAAAAUUGGCUCACUGAGCAACAAAUAAUAACAUUUUAAUUGCCAAAAAAUCUCACACGCACGGCCAUCAGAUCCAUGGACUGAAUAUCUUAUGCCCCGACUAGUACUCUGUGAGGCUGCGAUUCUGGUGGGUAAAUUAUAUGAAAUGUAUACAAUGAAUACAGUACAUCACACAAGCAAAAAAUGUGCAGCACAGCACUAUCUACGCUCUGCAAACAACACAUACAACUGAAGUAUAAAGUGCCUCAGCCUCAACACCUCAACAGUGCGUGUACUCGCACACUUGUUGGAAAAUCGCACAAUUGGUUCACACUACGCAUUCAUCACACUUGGUACUUCUUGUUCGCACAUAGUAGCACAGUCAUCUCAAAGUUUUUGUCCGUCAUCCGAGUACGCAGCUUAGUGCCCACAAGCCCUCCAAGGCUGAAGAGCCUUUCCACAGAGCUCUGCACUGCUUGGUAGCGCAUGGAGGAUCCCUAGUGUCGGCGCGCCCUUCGCGCCAUCUCCUGCUAGGCGACGGUGUUUUGCCGUUUUUACUAAAAAAAUACUCAAAAAGACAGAUACAAGUUACUGAACAAAGUAAUUAAGUUACAGUUAGAAGUGCGUGUUUGAAAAUGCAUCUAAUAUUUCCUCAAGAUACACAAAAAGUAUCUACACAUACUCAGAUACUUUUACUAAGUUACUUAACAACCCUGUUGUACGGUUAAAAGAGCCCAAAAUCCGAUGGCAUGAACGUAGUAUUAUCGUGUUCAGCAGCCAUGUGCACAUUCACAGUUUUAGGCAGUGCAGUGCGUGGAAUUAGAUUUAAUAUUGCCAUCAAGAAGUUCAUUACUGGCCAUUUACAGACUUGGACUUCUAAAUUUUUGUAGCUCCGGAAUGGUGUUUGUCGGUUAUCACACGAGUGGGGGUUAUGAACAGAAGCACUUUCACAGGUGAAAAAAAUCAAAACGAUACUGUUCAUUGCUAGAGACAUUUUUAUGAAUGACUGAUUGCAUCGCGAUUAUUCUUUCACUACACUGAAUAGCGGUUCGCCUCAUACUCAUUAAAACUCACCGUCCACAAAAGGCUGAGUAGAGAACAUGCCGAGGGGAGUGCUUACUACAAGUAACCAAUGAGAAUUCACCAAAGCAGGCUACACACACGAAGGACACAAACUCCUAAUAAGCCUCCAACUCCCUGACUAGAAAUUGUGAGAGUCGGGAGCCCUGGCAUCAGCACCUUUGUCCUGAGUUAUUUGAAUUUAUUACAAGCACUCUUGUCACAAAGUCUGCAGAUUUACUUAAAAAUUUACUGAGGUUGUAAAUUUUUGUUGUACAAGUCAGUUGUGCAAAAUCCCAUAGUCUUUAUGCGGUAUGACAUUUUCCCGCUGUUUAUUUUAUAGCUUCCGUGACCUCAAGUAAUUCACCGGGUGUGCUGUUUUGACGCGACUUAUGACUUAUAUUGUAUUGCAGUUGCCGGGCCAUGUGGUUGUUACAUGUGAUAAAUUUUUUGAUGACAAGCCAUACAGAAAAGAAUAUAUGUAUUGGUGCAUGACUGUAAGACGAUGCUUCUGUGUGUGUGCCUUUUAUCAUAUUACAGUUAAAUGUGCCAUAUUUGUAGAAAUAAUUUAGUUAGAGCACAGAAUGUAAGGUAAAUCACUCCCACCACGAAUCACGUUUGCAAAUUUAUAAGAGCAAUGUGCACUCCCUUGGACUGGAUGUAUAUGGACCAGGGUGUCGAACCGCAAAAAAUACGGGUUCGGUUUGGGUUCGCAUUGCUUUGAUUUCGUUCCGGUUCGGCCACACCCAAAAUCGACCCAGUUCGCGAACCGGUUCAAUGUUUCCAUUUUAUAUGUUUCAUAAAACUGCUUUUAUCAGGAAAUGCAUGGCUAAUAGCUUACUGCUGUCUGCAUUGACGUUUUUAGCGGUCAGGUACCCCCUUUAGCAAUAGAAAGGAGAAAUGGAUGAACACUUAUUGCAAAUAGAGUCCACGCUGAUGAAGCGGUGUAGUCCUGCUACUUUCUGUUCCCAAAAUCCCUUUUUUCACGCGCACACUGCCAGCAAGAUACGUACACUUAAAGGAAGCCUAAUAAGAUGGACAGCGUUACAUAGACGACGGUACUUUCCGGCACACUGCAUUCGCAGCGUGAAUCGAUCUGAAACCGUACUGAAGCAUGUCGAAAAUAAGCCUGCCAGUCUUACUCUGUCCGAGCUCACAGCAGUGUACUAGUUAAUCCACAACACAAAGGCAAUGUGUCACGACACAAUUGCACUACCAAUACGUAGAACUGCAUUUACUUUUCAAACCAAUACCAAUCAAACAGGCACCGUUCUGCGUACGCUCCUUCUCCACUUCUCAUGCUUCCGACUUGUUUAAUUUUUACUGCUCACGUGUAAAGGGAAAUGUUGGGCGCUUACUUAAUCACACAUUCAUCCUAUAGACUCUUUUCAUCUGACGUCACUGUCUCAGACGGCAUAGCCUUUCCCCCUGCUUGUGGCAGCCAUACUUUUGUGCAUGGCGCGUGCAUGCUACCAGCAUCAAUUGUGGUGCCAGCACGUGCGAACACAAAAGUAUGGCGGACGGAAUGAGGUACUGAAAAGGGUCUAUAGAGCUACAUAACUGGCCUACUCCAUCCCUGUUUCAUUCGUCCGCGUGGCGCCUCGUCUCUGAAGAGUAGACGCCGCACCGCGUGCGUGGGGAGCUAGCCGUGGCGCUCACAAGGACAACUGCGCUUCAAUGUAUUAAAAAGACGCUGGAAGUAUACUUACUGUACGUCCUCGUUUGACUGCUAGGUGAAAAUUUCAAAAAUCCGUUAUAUGGACGCGUGAUGAUGAUACCAAUGUGUCUUCGUUCGGGGAUUGAGAGGAACUCUUACGCUGACUUUUAUUUCCGAACUGUUUUGUUGUAAACCGGUUGCCGCUAUUAUCUUUUACGGUUUUGCUGCGGUUCGGAUUCAACAGUGUCACUAAAAUUUCGGUUCGGGUUUGGUUCCGGCAAAAAUAACGGUUCGGGUACGGUUUUCGGUUCAGGGGGCUUAAUCGCUUCAUCGUCGUUACGGUAGUUACAAGCUAACGAGUGGCGGGAAAUUCAAAAAGGCGGGCGGGAAAUUUAAAAAGGUGGCCACGUGAUAAAACACGUGCACGGCGCUCUUCGCGCGAUACGUGAAGGCCGUGGUACACGUCACGCGCAAUAUGUCACGUGCCCACCUUUUUUUAAUUUCCCGCCACUCGUUAGCUUGUAACGACCGUAACCGCUUCAUCGUCGUUACGGUUCAACACCCUGGUAUGAACCAUAGUUGAAUAUCGCGCAGCUUCGUGAAGUAUACAUCUGUGUCUUACCAUUUUUUUUUGUGUGUGUAUAGCACAGUUUUAUUUAGCCAAAGGAAGGCUAAACAUAUCUACGUUAA